GACAAAGCGGACAUGAAUGAUGCCCUCGCCGACGAAGACUGGAAGACGAAAUAUGAGGAGGUAAUGGAAACCCUUCAGGAGACUGAGCAGGAGUUGCAAGACUUUCAAGUUAGCAGCAGGGAGCUUGAAGAAGAACUUGCCAAAGAACUUGAGCUCGCUGAGAAGGCGAAAGAGGACAUGCAACGCAAGUUUGACAAGGCAGAGAACGAAAAGGAUGAAUGGAAGAGCAAGUUUAUGUCCCUACAGUCCACCCACACCACUACCGUCAAUUCGCUCCAGCGCGAACUUGAGGCGCUUCGAGAGAGCAACCACCUCGUAAAGAUUCAGCUGCGGGAGCUGGAGAUGGGCAACGACGAUCUAGAGCACCAUGAAAGAGCUGUGAUUUCUUCGCUCGAGGAUCUGGAACAAAAAUAUUCCAAGCUGUUGGAGGAGAAAAUCCUUUUGGAGCACGAGCUUCAAGACAAAGCUGCGUUAGAAGAGGGCAUUCAACGUGUGAAGGACGAGCUUAGAGACGCACAAACGGAAAUUUCGGUACUACAAGAGAAGCUUGAGAAGGCACCACCGAUGGAAAGUCCACUAUCCGACCGCCUGGGCCCUGAUUUCAAAUUAUCAAACCCACCAAUCCCUUCACCUGAGAGUCUUCUCCAGGCUCCUUUGCCCUCUGACGAACUCAGGCUCACUGAUUUAGCGAAUGCUCAGCCUCCUACACCUCCUGUGGAGUCUGAUUUAGAAUUAGAGAUAAUAACUGGACAAUCUGCCCUCCUCAGGAAAGCCGGUUUCGUAUCUCCACCUCCUGGAAAAUCAAAGAAUCCUUCUUCCCCUUCUGCUUCCCCCUCACGACUUCCUGGCCCUACCCAGCGACGAUCACUCACGACUAGUAUUUCUGCACCAAAUAAUGCGGGUAUGACCUCUUCAAUAAUACGACCAACGACGCAACGCUCGGUGUCAGUCAGCACGACCACCUCCGCCCUAGCAGCUCGCUCACGCGGAAUGCAAAUGGUCAGCGACAUGCGGUCCCGGGUGAAGACCCUUGAACAAAGAAUUCAGAACCGUGUGCCACGCCUGAGAAAACUGAGCACACGUGCCUCCCCCCUCCCAGUCUCCAAGGAGCCUCGGUCAUCCAGCGAGAAGGAAAAGGAUGGAAGUGACCCUGGCUGGGUAUUCGUGAAGGAUAACCCUCGUGUGGAAUCCCGUUCGUCCACUUCGUCCAAAGAGCGCGUGGCAAGCCCUCCGCCUCCGUCAGCAUUCAGAGUGGGUGGGUUGGCCGGCUCGGGGCUACGUCCGCCGUCCCGAGCAGGAAACAGACCAAAAUCGGUAACGCCAAUGACUUCUCAACUUUAUGUUGGGGACCCUGGACUUAGCCGCUCGUCUUCCUCGAAUCCGAACAUUCGACCGAAAAGCAAUCUAUCACCGUUCCCAACUAAUAACAACGACGCAAUGAUUAGGCCUGUCACUCCCACGAUGAUUCCAGUCCCGGGCGGUUCUGAUGCACUGAAGCGAUCCGUGUACGGCCACCGUUCGUCUUUAGGCACUUUGCCCUCGUUACAGCCGCAACCUUCUGGUGCGAACGCCGCCACCAUACCGGCAAAUACACAAUCUACCACUGUUCGGGCGAAGUCCACAUCAGGAUCGAUGCCAUCACGUCCACCUUUGCCAUCUAUGCUUCCUUCGCCACGAAAGAGUCCGCCUACGAGAGCUACGAAUACAACAAAUGUUACGGCGGGACGUUCAUCAAUAGAAGACCAUCAAGAUCCGUUGCAGCGACCCGGAUCCCACCUGGGGAUGAGUUCCCGGACUGCGCUUUCCAGCAGCAAAAUCGGACGACCCUCUUCACUUACGACUAGUGCUACGACCGGGCGGUCAUCCUCAGAUACGAGACAGAGAAAUUACCACCCACAAUAAGCGUGUGUGAGAAACGUUUCUUGUUGGACGUUUGUGACUCUCCUCUUCAAGUUUGUGUUGUUGAUAUGUAACUUUUCGGUUCUUGAG